CCGCUCGCACUGCCGGCGGUGCCAGUCCGAGCGCCGCGGAGCCGCCGAGAGCUCGCGGGUGUCGCCGCGUCCCCGCCGGGAUGAGCCACCGCCACAGCCACCGCCGCGGCCCCCGGGCCGACAUGGCACCCGAGAUCGCCGCCGCCGUGGGCUUCGUGUCCGGCCUGCUGCGGACGCGGGGCUGCGUCAGCGAGCAGCAGCUGCAGGUGUUCAGCGGGGCGCUGCGGGAGGCGCUCACAGAGCACUACCGACACCACUGGUUCCCCGAGGAGCCCUCCAAGGGCUCCGCCUACCGCUGCAUCCGCAUCAACGAGCGCAUGGACCCUCUGCUGAGCCGCGCCGCGGGGCGGGCCGGGCUGGCCCUGCCCCAGCUGUUCCAGCUGUUGCCCCGCCAGCUGACGCUCUGGGUGGAUCCCUUCGAGGUCUCGUACCGCAUCGGCGAGGACGGCUCCAUCUGCGUCCUCUACCAGGCCACCAAAGCCCCCAGCCCCUACGGAGGGGUGCUCACCUGUAAGAACCAGAUGAUGCUGGGCAGGAGCAGCCCUUCUAAAAACUACAUUGUGACUGUCUCCAGUUAAAAACCAAAAAAAAAAAAAAAAAACCCACCCAAAAAAACCUACAAAACACGACAAAAAAAGAAAAAAAAAAAAUAAUUUCUCCUCCUUGUCCUUACACUGCCGAGACACAGGCUACUGUAAUACCUCGAGCUGAGGAUCUGUUUUUAAGAUGAAGAGCUAUUUAUAUUUUUUAAAAAAAAAAAGAAAAAAAACCUUCCAGAAAAUCCGAAAUUAAAAUUUCGGGCGCCGCCCUGAGCCGAGGCGACGCCCCCGGUGCCUUUUCUAAAGCUGCUGCAGGCUUGUGAGUUUUUAUUUUUAUUAUUAUUGUUUUUAUUGUUAUUAUUGUUCUUAUAAAGCUGAGAUCUGCCUAAUGAUGA